AUGCAGACAAAUGCGUCGACGAUCCUGAAGCACGUUCGAGGCGGAAAUAGCGAUGCAAAGCAAUGCGUGGUAUUCACACAUGGCUGGGGCUGCCACGCAGCCGACUACCACCACUUGUUCGAUGUGCUCAAGCAGCAUUCACCCGACUUCCAAUAUCUUGCCGUCGACCUACCUGGCCAUGGCAGUCCGAAGGACAUUUGUCCAGAAGCAAAUGUCACGAGUUUCGCAAUAAGCAUACUGGAGACCGUUCGACAAUUAAACUUACGGGAAGUCUACCUCGCCGGCCACAGUAUGGGAUGCAGACUCAUUUCGAAGGCAUGGCAACAAGCUAGACAGACUCAUGGUGUGGAGAUCAAAGGACUCAUCUUUCUCGACGGAAGCAGCUUCAAGCUCAGGCCGAAAUCAGAGAUAUCAGAGGACAGCCUCACACAGCAGGAGAAAUCUUUGAGACGGAUCCAGCUCUUCCAGACUAUGUUUUCGGACAACACGCCUGAAGACUUCGAGCUUGACUUCCUGCAGCAUCUGGGAUCGCUGGACAAGACAUAUAUCGACGGACUAAGGAAAUCUUACAUGGGCUUUGAUCAAGAUGGAUUGGAGGACGUUCUUGCUAAGAUUGGCAGGGCUGAUGUGCCGUUACUGAGCUUGCAAUCCACGGAUAUCAGCGCUGAUAACGAGCGUGUCCAGCUCAAGGCUGGUGAGUCGAGCAAGUGGAUUGAGUUGGUACAAGAGAAGGUGCCCUACGCAGAGCAACGUGUGAUUUCUCGGAGUGGCCACUUCCCACAUGUGGAUCAGCCGGAGGAAGUUGCUGCGCUCAUCAUCGAGUUCGUCGCAAAACAUGGGUCGCCUUAA